AUGGAUCCACGGACACCUCCAGCUUGGCAGCCGCAAGCCAUUAAAUUCCCUCAUGAUGUAAUCCGGCUGGGGGCCACCCCUGUCAGCCUGGGCUUGCUCUCCCUCCAGGUUUAUGCUUCCUCUUCAGAGAAUGAAACUUCCAAAAAGGAGUUGCUGAAAAUUGAUGAUCUGUCACUCUACUCCUCUCCAGCUUGUGAGACUAAAUAUGUGGAACAGCCACAAACCCAACUGGAAGAAGGGGUUUCACAUUUGCGGCAUCUUAUGGAGCCAUACACAGCCUGGUGUCAGGAUCUUUAUGCUAAAGCUAUGCCAAAGUUAGAAAAAGCUGUUGAGCGUGGUAAAGAGAGCUGUGAGUUUCUCCAAAAUCCCCCUCCUGGAUUUUAUCCAAGGCUUGGUGUGGUUGGUUUUGCUGGAAUUGUUGGAUUGUUUCUUGCUAGAGGUUCAAAAAUAAAGAAGGUGGUGUAUCCUGCAGGUUUCAUGGGGAUUGGUGCCUCCCUGUAUUAUCCACAGCAAGCUGUUGCUAUUGCAAAGGUUGCUGGUAUGCAUCUGUAUGACUGGAGUCUACAGGGAUAUAUUGCUGUAGAAUCUCUCUGGAAGGAUAAUCCUAAAAAGAAGAAAUCUGUGAAAAAAAGUGAUAAGGGUGAUGCAGAUGGUGACAAGCCUGUAGAAGUCCCCACGGUUUCAAAUAAGGAGUGA